GGGGCAAUUUCCGGAAGAGCGGUCCCUCCCUCCCCGGAAGCGCUCUGUAGUGUCCGGCUCGGCGAAUCCCGCAGUGACAGGUUAGCGAUGCCGCCGUUGGCCGCGGACGAACUGGGAACAUGAGAGGUGCAACGGAGCCUACUCGGGCGCGGCCCCUUUACGUGUCCCCACGGCGGGGCCCGGAGCCGUCUCAGUGAUUGGCCGCAAGCGGUGGCGGCGACGACUACGAAGGCAGCCUAGGUAGCCCAAGCUCCCAGACGCUCCCUCUCAGGCCCGGGGCGGGGGAGGCGGCGCCUUGGAGCUGGGGGAGGGGACGCCCCUCCAUUCCCCCCCAGCCCCCCCCCGUGCGUGUGCGCGUGAGGGACUCGGGAGGGCACGCGCCCCCACCCUGCUGCCCCGGGCUCGCCCCGCGGCCCAAGUGCAGGGUGUCGGGGUGUCCUCUCCCCUGGAGGCAGCCCCGGCGACAUGUGGAGCAGCCGGAGCUCCUUCACCAGUCUCAUCAUCGGGGUAUUCGUGGUGUACGUGGUGCACACCUGUUGGGUGAUGUACGGGAUCGUUUACACUAAGCCGUGUGGCGGGGACAGCAACUGCAUCCAACCGUACCUGGCCCGGAGGCCCAAGCUGCAGCUGAGUGUGUACACCACCACAAGAUCAAAUCUUGGUGCUGAGAAUAAUAUAGAUCUGGUUUUGAAUGUGGAAGAUUUUGAUAUUGAAACUAAAUUUGAAAGGACAGUCAAUGUAUCUGUGCCAAAGAAAACAAGAAAUAAUGGCACAUUGUAUGCUUACAUAUUUCUUCAUCAUGCUGGGAUCUUGCCUUGGCAUGAUGGUAAGCAAGUUCAUAUGGUCAGUCCUCUCACUACAUACAUGGUUCCCAAACCAGAAGAAAUCAAUCUUCUCACAGGAGAAUCCGCUACCCAGCAAAUUGAAGCAGAAAAGAAACCAACAAAUGCCCUAGAUGAACCAGUUUCUCACUGGAGAUCAAGAUUAACACUCAAUGUGAUGGUGGAUGACUUUGUCUUUGAUGGGUCCUCUCUCCCUGCUGAUGUUCAUAGAUACAUGAAGAUGGUUCAAUUAGGAAAAACAGUACAUUAUUUGCCCAUACUAUUUAUUGAUCAACUUAGCAACCGAGUGAAAGAUCUAAUGGUAAUAAAUCGUUCAACAACUGAACUACCUCUGACUGUGUCAUAUGACAAGAUAUCAUUAGGAAAGCUCCGUUUUUGGAUUCACAUGCAAGAUGCAGUAUAUUCCCUACAGCAGUUUGGAUUCUCAGAAAAGGAUGCAGAUGAAGUAAAAGGAAUUUUUGUAGAUACCAACUUGUAUUUCUUAGCUUUGACUUUCUUUGUAGCAGCAUUUCAUCUUCUUUUUGAUUUUCUGGCUUUUAAAAAUGAUAUCAGCUUCUGGAAGAAAAAGAAGAAUAUGAUUGGAAUGUCUACUAAAGCAGUGCUCUGGCGAUGCUUCAGUACUGUGGUGAUAUUUCUUUUCCUUUUGGAUGAGCAGACAAGUUUAUUGGUGCUGAUCCCAGCAGGCAUUGGAGCAGUUAUAGAACUCUGGAAAGUGAAAAAGGCAUUGAAAAUGACCAUUCAGUGGAAAGGCCUAAGACCCAUAUUCCAGUUUGGAGCUUAUAAUGAAUCUGAAAGGAAAACUGAGGAAUAUGAUACUCAGGCUAUGAAAUAUUUGUCUUACUUACUUUACCCUCUAUGUAUUGGAGGUGCAGCUUAUUCACUCCUAAAUGUCAAAUAUAAAAGCUGGUAUUCUUGGUUAAUCAACAGCUUUGUCAAUGGAGUAUAUGCUUUUGGCUUUCUCUUUAUGUUGCCCCAGCUGUUUGUGAAUUACAAGAUGAAAUCUGUUGCACAUUUACCUUGGAAGGCAUUUACAUACAAAGCUUUUAAUACAUUCAUUGAUGAUAUCUUUGCUUUUAUCAUCACUAUGCCAACAUCACAUAGGCUGGCAUGUUUUAGGGAUGAUGUGGUAUUUCUUGUUUACCUUUACCAAAGAUGGCUUUAUCCUGUGGAUAAGAGCAGAGUUAAUGAGUAUGGAGAGUCUUAUGAAGAAAAACCCAAAAGAAAACCCCACAAAGAUUAAUCAUUGAAAUAACUCUAUAAAAGGCCACUUUUGGGAUUGCCACUGGCUAUGUGUGUUGAAUUUUGAUCUUUCUUCUUUAAGCAAAAGAGUAAAGUUUGGAUUGUCAAGUAACUGAGUAUUUUUGGAAGCGUCUCAUGGAUUUUCAUGGACAUUUACAUCUUCUGCAUUGCCAAAAUAUUUGAAUAUUUCUCAUAGAUCUCUUGAUUUACUUAUUUAUCUUUGGAAAGAAGGCUGCCAAUAUUUAUACCAGCUAUCAGUCACUGCUAAGCAUUUACAACUUUAUUUUCCAGAAAAGUUUAAAUAUCAGUCUCGGUCACAGAGUUUUUUUUUUGUGUUUCUCUUGUCACACUUGAUGGUGCAUGACAGAUUCUGGCUAUGGAAUACCAACUGGUGAAACAGCACCCUGUGCCAGUGACUUAACAAAUAACAACAUCAAAUAGGCCAGAUACUGUGAAACUCUAGCAGGGAUAAGUAGCAUUUCUGUAGGUUAAAUUAUGUCAGAACUUCCAUUAUAAUCAGGGAUAUUUUUUAUUAUUUUUAUUUUAGGAUUUAAAUCUGCACCUUACAUAAAUUCCAAAUAUCUAUAUGAAAUCAUUCCAUAUUGACACUUAAGGAUCAAAUAGCUUGUUUCCCCCAUUUGGAUUAUAUCUUUGUUGUGUUAAAGCUGAAUGUAUGUGUGCAUUUUAAAAUUAAUUUUAUUGGCUAUUUUACUUUUCUUGACCUGUUGUAAGAAAAGAAUCAUUCCAAUACUUAAAGUUUUCCCCCAAAAAAUUAAAUUAAUAAAUAAUACUGAUUUACUAUCCUUUUCUUGAUAUUUUUUAAGAGACUAAUGUUUAAAAAAAACCAAAACUAAUAAUUCAUAUAUAUGUAACACAAAAUUCCCAUUCAGCUUUUUGAUAAUCUGUGUCCUCAGGCUAUUUAUAUAAAGUUUUCUGUCCCAAAUAUAUGUUUAUUUAAAGUCAAAGUGUCAUAUGCAUGCAUUAUUUAUCACUUGCCUAAGAUUUGUCAGGAGAUCUGGGUUCUAGCCCUGCUUUUGCCACAAACUAGUUAUGUGACUUAGGACAAGUCACUUAACUUCUCUGAGCCUCAGUUUCCACAUCUGUAAAGUGGAAGUAUUGAACAAGAUGAAUCUCUAAGGUCCCUCCCAGCUCUAAUACACAGUUACUGACUGGUAUUUUCAUCGUUUUUCUAAAACAUGAAAAAUCCUCAAUGUUUAAAAAAUACCCUUCAACACAAUGUUUUUUUAAAGAGAGCAAAAAUCAAUGAAAUAAGUUCACUCUGAUCUCAGUAAAAUUAUGUCCUUGGGAAGUUCUCUUUAAAAUGUGCCUUUAUCAAUAUCUGUGUGUGUGUGAAUAAAUGAGGUUCCUGGCACAUGCUUUCAGUAAUCUCAAUGCAGAGCGUGGAAGGGUCAGCCUUAAAUUCUCUUUUCAUUGUUCUUCAAUCUGGUCCUUUAAUGCUGGGUUAAAGUGGACAAUUUUAAACUCUUGACUUGUACAGAUGUGCAUCAUGAAGAAUCACUGACUAGUCUCCUAUUUCCAUUAAUUUUGAUGGGAAAAGAGCACCGUUUAAAAGUCAUUCCUUCGAAGCAAAUCACAGAAUUUUGUCACUAUGCAAAAUCCACUCUCCAAAUGGGAACUUGCAACAUUCUUAAUUUCCCCACACCCAUGCUUUAUAGAUUGGGAAUGCUGUAUGAAUAUUUCAUUUAAAACUUGAUAGCAAAUUCAAUUAAUAGUCCAAAGUAUCAGCAGAUUUCCAGUAAGAAGAUGUGAAUUUCACCUAGAUGAUUUAAAAGGGGAAAAAAUUGAUUAUAAGUUGAUAUUUUCAAAUUCCAUGUUUAAGAAUAAAUGCUCAGACAGGUUGUUGGUUUGUAAGUGAUUAUUUCAAAUAAUCAACUUACAUUUAUAUAGUGCCUUUCUAUUUUAUGUGCUCAAGGUGAUUUACAUGCUUCAGAUUACCCAGUGGGUAUUUACCUUUCCCACAGUCCACAAUUUCCACAGUUUGCUUUUUGUUUUACUGUAAUUAAUGGAUUCUGUCCUAUAGACAGAAUCCUUCACUGCACUUUGAUAUGCCAGUAAUUGAGAUUUUUCAGUCAGGAGAAAUACCAUUUUAAUGUUUACAAAAAGUUUUUAAGUAGAUGCAUUAUCUGAACAUAUUUGACUUAUUAAGGAAUUUUUUUUUUAAAUCGUGCCAACACUGGAAGUUUGCACUCUUAUCUUUUAAUUUACCAUUAUGUCUUUGAAGAGAUGGGUGUUUUGUUAUUGUCUGGUAAGAGACAUUCUCAAGGAAUUUUAACUUUAUGCACUUGUUCUGACAAAUAAAAUAGGAAAGAAAAUCACAUUACUUUGUGGCAAUGUCAUUUAGGGUUAGAAACCAGUAGAGUGAUAUUUUUAGAAAGUCUACAUAAGAAAUUGAGAUUUCAUGUUGCUGAUGUACCUAUUUUUACAUAUUUAUAAUUCCACGCUAGACAAGACUCACUGGAUUUUUGUUUUUUUUCAUUUGAGAGAUUGAUGUAAUUGCUAUUAACAGGUGCUGUGUGUCUGCCAUCAAACCUACUGCCCUUUUUUUUUUCAAAACUGACAUGCUCUAGACAAAUAAUCACAAAGGUAUUACUAUAGUUAGACAGUGACCUAACUUUACUGCAGAAUAUGAAAUAAUUCUGUUUUUUGAAGUCCUGGAAAUUGUAUCUAAGCUACAAAAAUUAAUCCCCCAAUGAAUUCAAAUUGGCUGUUUGAGGACAGAAUUCUCUGGUUGUUUUAUUUCUGAAUUUAGAAGGUUUUGCAGCAUUGUUGUUUGAUGUUCAGUCAACUAGUCUCCAGUACCCCCCAUUUUUUUUAUCAGGUUGUAAAUGAAAUGUGACGAUUCAGCAUGUGGAACUUUUUUCUGUGAUUAAGAUUACAUUAUAUUUUAAAGAAAUGUGGAAUCAGUAAGUUACAGGCUGUUUGUUAAAGUAAUUAGCCAUUGUAAGGCUUUGAAUAAAAUAUGCUUUCUGUGUUCCAUGUGCUAAUAAAUUAUUUAUGUAAGGUA